UCCUCCACCCCGUCCUCGUUCCCCAUCUAUACUACUCCCGCAUCACUAAUGGCUUUACCUGAACAUUUCGGCACGUAAACAGAAGCGAUGCGGCAUUGACCAUCACAGCCGAUCGACAACUUCUGAGCUGUGAGCUUGAAUUGGAUCUGUUCAAUCAUGGCUUGAAAGUUGUCGCAUAGCUUAGACGCAUUUAAAGGUUCAGUGCGGAAAGAUACACGUCUAUAACGAGACUUCGACAUCUGUGAUCGUAUAACAAACAUUAUUUUUAAAGUUAAAUCCAUACAUCUCGCAAAGAUGAGCAAAAAUCCGAAACAGUUCAAACUGCUUUCAAAGUCGAAGUUACGCUUCAAAUUGAAAGCUGAAAGUGAAAAAGUUACGCUUGAGUUAAAAAACGGUUUGGCGGAAUUUUUCGGCACGGAGCUGAACAAAAACAAGAAGUACGAGUUUACAUCUACGGCUGAAACUUUUGCCGUAUUUACCUGGCAUGGCUGUACGGUUAAGGUGGUUGUCAAAGUCGAUGCCUCUAUAAACAGAGAAACUCUUAUGGAACGCUACCUGUACUGCCAUACCGCGGAAGAAACUGAAACAAGGGGUCCAGUUUUCAUGAUUGCUGGAUCUCCUGGUGUCGGCAAAACUAAUGUGAGUCGUAUUUUAAUAAAUUAUGCUGCUCCAAUGGGUAGGCCGUCAAUGUGCGUGGACGUAGAGAUUGUGCCCAGGAACAGGUUGGCUUGCCAGGAACUAUCGGAGCAGUGCUGCUUGAUGGGACGGCUGACAUCGAAGACGGACUCAACUGAUCAGUUCCCAUUACGGCUACACGGAUCCGAAUUCCAAUUUACCGCUUUAUAAGCUCUUGGUCACGACGUUGGCUAUAAAGUUUGCUUAAGAAGAUUAAAAGCAGACAGAAAGACUAAGGUGUCUGGAAUCAUCAUCAACACCUUUCGGCUUGUCUUUGACUGAGACAUUGAUGCAAGUAGCACAAGCUUUCAAGGUGGAUGCGAUUGUAGUUUUGGGGAAGGGAGGAAUAUACCACCAAUUAAAGAAAGAGAUGCCCGAAGAGGUAAAAGUUAUACAUCUGCCUGAUGUAAACGGAGGCGCUGAAGAUAGAGAUGAAUUGCAAAAAUAUAAAAUUAAAACCCGAAUAGUAAACCAGUACUUCAACGAUAGAAUAGGCUUACAGAAAUGAAGGCAGAAGAUUGUACAAAACUGUUUGAACUCGACCCAAAGUCUAAUUUGCGUUAUCGCUCGCUGUCGGUAACAUUUAAAGACUCUCCAACUGAAGAACUUGUACGAAAAAACAUUUGCGAUUUAAUCGUCAUACUGGAUAUUGAUGAAGAAAAUAAUCAGACAUUCACCAUUCUCUGUUCUCAACCUGGCUUCAUAAUCCAAUGCAUAUUACUUCUUAACGAGUUUUCAACUCCUAUUAUUGACUGAUAUCUCGAAGCAGAAUUCAGUUUGUGAAUAUUUUUUCAGUUGCUGAUGACUAUGGGGUUGCCACAAAGUUUUGAAUAUGUUGAAUUAAUAUGCUAAAUAAAUGAAACAUUAUUGAAAA